AGAUAUAUGUUUUGUGAGGUUACCCACCUAAAUCAUAGAUAGUUAUAGAUCCUAUAACAAAACUUCCUGAGAAAUAUCUCGAGAUUUGGUAAAAAAAAUUUAAGGUAUAUUUUUUUUUUCAUCAAAUUAAUAUAAAAAGUAUUAUACUUUAUGAUACUUUAGCAUAUUUUAAUGUGAUUAAAAUAAAUUAAAAGUCGAUAAUAAUUAAUCAACUUGCAAAACAACGUCAACCUCCAAAUUUCUAGAAAACUUGUAAACCGUAUGGUAAUAAUAUAAAUAAGUAAUAAAGCUAGAUACGAGUGAAUGACAAGAAAUUCAUUGAGAAGCUGAGAUCCACCGACGAAAACUUGGGUCUCCUUUCUCAAUCAGUCAACUGUAUUUAACAAUACACAAAUCAACCAAAUCCCCAAUUUGCCUCUUAUAAAAUCAAAAUCACCUAACAAUACUCCCCUUGAUUCUCUCUUUGCAUUUCCAAUUCCUCCUCCCCCAGCAACCAUGGCCAGCACCGGUUCAUCACCACCAGUUCUUCCAAUUUCCAACCCCCAAACCAACACCUCCGACUCCCAACAAACCAUCAGCGGUGUAGUAGGGCCCACACCCGCCCUCCGUUCAUUCAUCACCCGCAUAUCUGAUACCAUCCAAUCCAGUUUUUCCAAUCGUCGUCCUUGGUCAGAACUCAUUGAUCGAUCCGCUUUCUCUAAACCCGAUUCCGUCUCCGAUGCUACUCUCCGUAUCCGCAAAAACUACUACUAUUUCCGUACCAAUUACCUCUCUCUCCUCGGCAUCGUCCUUGCGGUUUCGCUUAUAACCAACCCGUUUUCCCUACUCCUUCUCACCGCUCUUCUCGCUGCUUGGCUAUUUCUCUACCUCUUCCGUCCUUCCGAUCCUCCUUUGGUACUCUUCGGUCGGCAGUUUUCCGAACGGGAGACGCUUGGUGUUCUAAUUAUAUCUACUGUUGUUGUCAUCUUUCUAACGAGCGUUGGAUCCGUCCUUGUUUCUGCUUUGAUGAUUGGUCUCGCAAUUAUUUGUACGCAUGCUGCUUUUCGUGCACCUGAAGAUCUUUUCCUUGAUGAGCAAGAGUCUGCUGCAACUGGUUUUCUCUCCUUUUUGAACGCGGCUGCUGCGGCCCCUCCUGCUGCCGCUGGCCCUGCCGUUUCCGCUAGGGUUUGAGGCUACGACGUCGUAAUUGGGGUAUGAAGGUAUUUGAAAUUUUAGUAGUUAAGGGAACGACCAAAUUAGAUGAUUAAUAUAUUAAGAUUGUUUGAUUGUUCUUUUUUUUAUUUUUGUUUUUAAAAUAUGGAAAAUUAAUAAUCAGGAUAUCUGCUGGGGAUUUUUUGUUUUUGUAAUAAUUUGUUAUACGAUGUUAUGUCCAAUCAUUGAUUGAUUCA